AUGUCCAAUUCUGUUUCUACCAUGUUUAAAUAUUCCCCGAGUGAGGUUCCAAUCUUUGAAGGCGAUCAUUACAAUUAUUGGAGUAGUGAAAUGCAAGAUUUCUUCAUUUCACAUGAUCUUUGGGACAUUGUAGCAGAUGGAUUCGAAGAACCACCUGUAGAAGAAAAGAAGGAAAAAAAUGCAUGGGACGUGUUGAAGGAGGAGUUUCAUGGCAAUGACAAAGUUAUCUCUAUUCGCCUUCAAUCACUAUGGAGGGACUUCGACAACUUGGCGAUGAAAGAGAAUGAAAAUGUGAGUAAAUUUUUUACAAGAGUUGUUGACAUUGUCAAUCACAUUGAAAGUCUGGGAGACACCAUCCAAAGCAAGAAGGACUGUUGGUAUCAAAAGAAGGGGCAAACUGAAGCAAAUUUCUUGAAGGAGCAGAAUGCCGAAUCUGAGACAUUAUUUUACACGAGCGUAAAAGAUGAAGAUCAGAAAUCCGACCUAUGGUAUCUGGACAGUGGCUGCAGUAGCCACAUGACAAGCAAUGAAAGCCAAUUUGAGCAACUUGACAGGAGCUGUACUUCACACGCAAAGCUUGGAGAUGGAAAUGUUCAAAGCGCUGAAGGAAAGGGCACGAUUGCACUCUUUACCAAAGGAGGACACAAAAAAUUAAUUCAUGACGUUCUUUAUGUGCCUAAUCUAGUGCAAAACCUCUUGAGUGUGGGGCAGCUUAUACAAAGUGGUUAUUCGGUCAUUUUUUGUGAUGGAAUAGCAAGAAUUUUCACUAAGAAUAAUGACUUGGUGGCUGAAGUUGAGAUGUCUGCCAACAAAGUUUUUCUGUUGCCAAUGCCUUCAAGCAAUCAGUUUGCUUUGAAGAAUUAA